AUGUCAAAUCCAACACUAGUUUCGGAGUUAGCUCAAUUUAUUGAUCCUAGGGCUCGUCCUGAUCUUCGUACUUUAGCAAUUAAUCAUUUGGUUGGUACUGGAACUACUGGUGAAAGUCAUGAAAUAUUUAUAAGUGAAAAUUUCAAAGUAACAAAAGCUUUGAUAAAUGUUUUUGAAAAGUUAAAAGAAGAUAGAAAAAAUAUAUUGACAAUUUUUACAAAUUUAACAGCUUCUUCUGGUGUUGCUGCAAAUUAUUUAAUCAAAAAUACAGAAUUAUCAUUGAUGGCAAUUGACUAUAUAAAGUCUAAAGAAUCAUCUUUAGCAACAUUAUCAUCAAAAUUACUUUCUAAUUUGUCACAUCAUUAUCCAGAGAAGAUGUAUGAACUUUUCAAUAAACAAUGGGAUAAAUUUUUAAAUGAUAUUAUGGAUAUGUUGUUAAAAAAAGAUUUUGAAGAAUGUACUGAUUUUUUGGGAUAUGUAUUAAUUAAUUUUUCACAACUUCAACAAUUUAGAAAAAGAAUUACGAAUGAAGUAUUAUCUCAAUUUUUCCCAUUAUUAAAACAAAAUGACAAACCAAAAAGACGAUUAAUGGCAAUUGAUAUCUUGAGAAAUCUUUCAUUUGAUGAUGAUCUUCAUGGAAAAUUACUUGAGGAGUCAGAUGACUUUUUAACAGCUAUUUUAAGUUUAAUUGCUGAUGAAAGUUAUGAUUUGGAUGAUGAUGAACAGGCAAAAUUACCAUUAGAUUUACAAUAUUUUGAAGGUAAAAGAAUAAAUGAUAAAAUAAUUGAAGAAAAGAUUGUGGAGACAUUAUAUCAGCUUUGUGCAACAAAGAUUGGUAGAAAUGUACUACGUUCAAAAGGUGUUUAUCCCUUAUUACGUGAAUUUGACAAGGCCACCAAUGAAUCAGAAGCAAAACUUAAGAUGGCAGAUCAGGAGUAUACACUUCACGCCUUAAUUGGGGUGUUGAUACGUUAUGAAGAAGAAAUGGAGAUACCAAAUGACCUGCACUCAAUCCGUAAUUUAGAAUAA